AUGAAAAACAUUAGGGAGGAAGCAAUAGAAUACAUGACGAGGGCUGAGAUUGUAAUCAAAAGGCUUCUACAAGUCCUGCUGAAGAUAUUGAAUGUGAAUGACAUAGACAAAGAGACGGAACAUGAGUUGAUGGGUGCCAUGAGGCUCAACUUCAACUACUAUCCAAAAUGUCCCAACCCAGAGCUCACAGCAGGUGUUGGCCGCCACUCGGACAUAUCAACCAUCACAGUCCUCCUCCAAGACGACUCUGGCGGGCUUUAUGUCUGCCGAGAAGGCAGUGGAGCUGAUAGUUGGAUCCAUGUACCGCAUGUUGAUGGUGCAUUAGUAAUCAACAUUGGCGACGUGCUGCAGAUAAUGAGCAACGGGCUCUACAAAAGCGUUGAGCACCGCGCUUUACCUAACAAGAACAAGAGCAGGAUUUCCAUUCCAAUAUUCGUGAAUCCUGGACCUGAUGCACUUAUAGGACCCCUGCCUCAGGUGUUGGGAACUGGGGAGAAACCUAUUUAUAAGCAAGUUCUGUACUUGGAUUACUUCAAGCAUUUCUUCAGCAAUCCCCACGAUGGGAAGAAGGCUAUUGAAUUUGCCAAGAUAUGUGAGUAA